UAGCGAACAAGUAAACAGUAGUAUAGAAGAUACAGCUGAUACAGAAUCUGAGAUGAACUGUGUCUGGGAGAAGAUAGCUACAGGAAUAAUAUGCGCAGCUAAUAAGAAUAUUCCUAGAAAAAAGGUUUCUAAAAUAAUCAAUGCAAAAAGAGGAAACAAGUUUAAAAAAUCUUGUUUGCACGAAGAUAUGAUUAGGCUUAGCAAACUAGUGAGAAGUCUAAAGAAAAAAAUUGGUCUGAGAAUCGGGAUAGAUGACAGAGACGAGAUUAACAUGUUAACGGAAGAAUUUAACCUUAAACAUGAAACAAAAAAUCCCACAAACAACAUCAUACAUAGAUGA